CCUCAUCUCUCUCUCUCUCUCUCUCUCUCUCUCUCUCCCAAUUCAAAUCCCCUCGUAUUAGAUUUUUCUCCUCUCCAUUUCCCCCCAAAUUCGAUCUCCCCAAAUCCGAUCUCGAUGUUGUGAUCUGGAAUUGGUGGGGAGGCGAGAGAGAGAGGGAGAGAGAGAGAGAAAUGGCGAUUUCCUCAUCCGGGGAGCGGUUUCCGAGGCAGAGGUUCGGGAGCCUUCGAGGGGUUCGGUGGCGAGUCGAUCUCGGGAUCCUGCCGAGCUCCGCCGCCUCGAUCGAGGAGAUCCGAAGAGUCGCCGCGGAUUCUCGGAGGAGAUAUGCUAGUUUGAGGCGUCAACUUCUCAUUGAUCCACAUCUCUUGAAGGAUGAAAGCAAGCCUCCUGAUCCCAUUGUGGAAAAUCCAUUGUCGCAAAAUCCAGACAGCAUGUGGGGCCGCUUUUUCCAGAAUGCUGAACUAGAGAAAACGCUCAAUCAAGAUCUAUCACGGCUCUAUCCUGAAGAAGGGAGCUACUUCCAAACAGCAGCAUGCCAAUCCAUGCUAGGUCGCAUACUAUUGGUGUGGUGUCUUAAGCACCCAGAGUACGGAUACAGGCAAGGAAUGCAUGAACUUUUAGCUCCUCUGCUAUAUGUACUUCAUGUUGAUGUGCAGCACUCCUCUCAAGCACACGGCCUCGAAGAAGACCGCCUUAUUGGCGAUUAUAACAGUUCAGCUUUUCCAGAAAGAGAUAUAAUUUCUGACUACAAAUCAGAGGAGCCAACGAAUGUAAGGACAAACAAGAAUGGCUCUUCUUGGCAGAAUGCUUCCGAAAUAAGCAGUUUGGAUGAGCUCGAUCCUGAUACAAGGGAGCUAUUUUUGAUGAACGAUGCUUAUGGAGCGGAAGGCGAGUUGGGUAUUGUCAUAUCUGAGAAAUUCCUCGAACAUGACACCUAUUGCAUGUUUGAUGGUUUAAUGAACGGUGCAAGUGGUAUAAUUGCUAUAGCCGAUUUUUUCUCUGUAUCUCUUCCUAAGGAAUCCAAUACAGGACUAGCACCAGUGCUCGAAGCGUCAGAGGCAAUAUAUCAUUUGCUCUCAAGCAUUGAUUUAUCUCUUUACAGCCACCUCACUGAAUUGGGGGUAGAACCUCAAUACUUUUCUCUACGGUGGCUUCGAGUUUUAUUUGGGCGUGAAUUUUCACUCGAAAAUCUCUUGGCUGUUUGGGAUGAGAUCUUCUAUUAUCCGAAUAGUACAUUCAACACGGAUAAAGAGAACAGAGGGGAUUAUAAGGUAUUAUCUUCUCCUCGCGGAGCAUUCAUUAUAUCAAUGGCUAUAUCAAUGCUGCUUCACCUAAGAUCAUCACUAUUGGCUAGUGAGCAUGCGACUACCUGUCUUCAGAGAUUGGUGAACUUCCCGGAAGAUAUAAAUGUGAGGAAAUUGAUCGGGAAGGCAAAAUCACUGCAAAGUCUUGCUCUUGAUAUAAACUUUUCUUCUUGCCAACAGAGGACCUUCAGGAAUUAUGUAAAAGGUGAUGGGAUGAUUGCUUUGGAUCACCCCAAGACUUCAUCAGACUACUGGGAAGAGAAGUGGAAGGUGAUUUAUGAUACAGAAGUUCUAUCUAAGAUUACUCGUGGUGGUUCCAUUAUUAGUAAGACGAGAAAAGGUCUGUUCAACAAGAGAUUACUCUCUCCUCAAGCAGAAUCUGAUGCUGAUAAAACAGUUGCGAGCAAGAAAAAGGAUCAUUGGUCUACUCUUAGACGCAUAAUUUUGGAUGGUAGAAAUCACGCUGAUGAAAACUCUGACAUGCCGAGAGCAAGUGGUUUUACUCCCUCAGGUUCAGAAGAAGGAAUCAAUUGUGCCGAUGAAGAAGAGAUUAAUCAUGACGUUGUGAGUUGUAGACGAAGUGAUGCUUCACCAUUUAUUGCUAAUUAUAUUGAUGAAUUUCGUCAUGUGGAGGAGCUAGGAAGCAGUAGUAUUGAUGCCGAAACACGUAAAGCGUUUAAUAAAGAAAAGGAUUUUAAGCCCCAAAAUUCUUCUGGGAAUGAAGUGAUUUCUCAGGAUAUAUUAAGUAUUUUGGCUUCUUGUGAGCGUUGUCAUUCCUGCGGAGUUAGCUUGAAUCCAGAAGCGGGAGAUGGAGAGGUGAUGAACACCUUUAGGUGUCUUGGCCGCUCAAUUCUUGCUAAUAUCCAGGUGAUCGAGUCGUUUUUUGAGCAAGACUUGGGCCUGGAUUUGGUGGAUAACCUAACAAACGCUGCGAGCAACAGAGGCAAGGAGCAAGAAGCUAUAGCUGCUCUAAAAGAACUUCGAAAAAUUGGUAACUUGUUUUCUGGAUCCUGAGAUUUUCACUGUACAUUCCCUCGUUCAAGUGCUUGGUAAGUAAUUCAUGUUCUAACAUAUUACUCCUGUGAGUAGAAGUAAAUAUAUAUUCAAUCCUGUGUAAGUAAUCAAAACAGUUUCUGCGGUAAAAGAAUGUAGACAGUUUGUGGAAUCAAAUUCUUUACAUUUUUUUAGUAUUUACAGAUCAUAAAGUUUCAGAGUUU